GACGUCCCAAGUCCUCGAAAGUGAACUGAAAUUUUGACCCAAAUAUCGCAAUAUAUUGCGACAAGGUCUUUUAGUCGAGGAGAACUAAAUAGAGGCAUUGUAUAGCCUUGGAGUGAGGUCGCUGUCUGCUAUGAAAUCUUGAGGCUGACCUGGGAACCAAGACGAUUUCUUCUCAAAGUUGUGAACGUCGAAUGGCCAAGAUGUCGACGUCCAUGAAAGCGAGACGUGGACCUGGCUCCAAACCUUCAAACACCAGAGGUCCUAACAGAUCAACAAGAACUCAGGAAAAGAAUUACAUUGCUGAUGGAAUUUACAGCAAUGAAAGAUUUACCCAUGUGGCUACAUCACUGAUUGGAUGCACAGUCCAAAUACAAGUGAAAAAUGGGGAUAUUUAUGAUGGGAUUUUGAUUACCUUUUCAUCAGAGAUGAAAAUUGUUUUAAAGAAAGUCCACAAAAUCACAGAGUUUGGGUCAACGGCGAUCCCGUCUCGCGACUUGCUUCAGGAAACAGUUGUGUACAGUCUGAACGACGUAGUAGCAAUCAACGCCAUCGAUGUCGAUCUAGAAUAUGCAGUCAAAGAUAGUUUUACUGAUAGUGGUAUAAGUAAAUUUAAUGGCCAAAUAGGUGAGAAGGAGCUGACCCCAUGGGAAAGUGAAGGAGGGGAGGAAUUGGUGCUAGAGGGAGAUGCUUCAAAUGGUUGGGAUCCUAAUGAGAUGUUCAAGACAAAUCGAGAGCAGUUUAAUGUUCAGUCCACUUACGAUGACAAACUUUCUCAAUAUACGACGGUAUUGGAAAAGAGCAAUUCUAAGGAAUACCGCAGACGGGAGGAAAUGGCUAACAAGCUAGCACAGGAGAUCGAGGGUACGGAGGGCUACCGGGCGCGGCAGGACCUGGAGAAUGGGGAUGGGAAUGAGGAAGACAAGUUUAGCGCUGUUUUGCGACCUAUGGGCAAUGGUACUGGCAAUAAAUGUGGUAAUCGGAAGCUGCCAUCAUUUCAUAUGAAAAAUACGAAAAGAUACACACCUCCUCACCGCCGGAAUCCCCCACGACAGGUGCCCCACGGUGAUGGUCCUGGUAGAUCGUCACCCUCACGGACUUCACAGCCCCCACCGCAACAUCAUCGCUUAACGGCCUCCCACCCGCCUCCAGGGAUGCCUCACCCGCAGCACAUGCAGUCAGUCCAGCCAACACACCUACAGCCAGCUACUGUGCAGCCGACGCCCCCGCCCCAACAGACGUCCCCCAGCCCAUCCCCACACAGCCCCUCCCCCCAUAACAUCCAGUCACAGGUGCUCACUCCACCGCAGACGCCCCCAGCCAAACCCGCAGACCCACAAACCACAGACAAUACUGACCAAUCAUCCAUGGAAUCUCCAAAGCUACCUAGUCCAGAUGACAGCGUGCCAAAUACAGAAACCUCGUCUGGUUCCUCAUCACAAGUCUCGCCUCCUAGCAACAAAUCUGAUCAUUCGGGAGUUUCAAGAGACGAUUUGAUGCGAGAUGAACAGAUACGAGAACUUAGGGAGUUUGGAGCUCAAUUUAAGUUAUCAGAUGGUGAGAGUAAGGCGUCGUCAGAAGAGAAAAGUCAGUCAGCAGAGAAGGAGCGGUUAGAAGGUCAGCCAGGAAAGAAAGAGACAGAGCAAGAGAGCAAAGAUAAAUUAUUAGCAGAGGCUGUGAAGAAAUCAACUUUAAAUCCAAAUGCAAAAGUUUUUAACCCCAAUGCAAAAUCUUUCCAACCUAAACACUCCAAUGCCAACACUCCCACGCCUCCACGGCCUCAGACCCAGAGCCCAGUAAUCGCACACCAGCAACUGGGACCUGUGCAACUUGCCUUCAUGUCAGGAGUCAUGCCACAGCCAAAAUUUCCCAAAAGAGCAGUGGUCUCUGUCUCACAGCGGCCCGACUACAAUGCGGCGGCCCAAGCUGCAACGGGCCAGCCCCUACUGGCCCAGACGACCAACCCAUUCUUCUCUUACCAAAUGGUAUCUGUCCAGGGGGGAAUGCCUCAGCCAACGCAUGUCAAUUAUCCACAGUUACUGCCUGUCAGUCACGGGACACGGAUGCCCUCAAAUCUGUCCGUGAUGCCCAACAACCCCCAGGGGCCCCAGGAGCAUAACCCACAGGCGCAGUACCCAGUCUUCAUGACGCCACCAGUGCCGGCCCAUCUCCCACACCCAGGGCCACAGCACCCACCCACGCCUGCCCAUAUCAGCCAGCACCCCGGGGUAGGGCACCAUGGCCAGCCUCAGCACCCUGGCGGUGGACAGAUGGGGCCACAGUCUGGAGGUCACCACCCUGCUCCUAGCCCUGUACAGCACCACGGUGGCCCUGGCUCGCAACCAGGGGGACACCCGCCCAACUCAGGCACCCCUCAGCCACACCUGAUCUUCCCGGGCCCCGGAAUGGGCCAGCAGAGUCACCCUCCCUUACAGGCCAGCCCCCACAAUCCCACGUCCCCGUCAGGCAUACACCACCUGUCCAUGCCCGCCUACGCCCUGAAUCACCCGCCCCACGGCCACUCCAUGCAAGGCGCCCCGCCUAUGUCUCUGCCUCAGAGCCAUCCGCCCUCGUCAGGCCCCCACAUGAUUCAUGCCCAUUCCCACGGCGGCCCGAUGAUGAUCCAUCAUCAGGGCCACAGUCAGAUGCAAGGCCAUGGACAGAUGCAGCCCAGUCAUCAGUACCCAGGCCAUCAAGUACCAACUCAUGUUGGUAACCCAGGCCCGGGACCUCAUGUGAUACAACAGCCUGGGAUGGGAGGCAUCCCGGUCUCUCAGUCAGGCAAUAUUCCCUAUAUACCUCACCCAGUGCCAAAUCAAGGGAUGCCCCAAGUCCAGUCUUACCCUCAUAGCCAGUGACACAGUAAUAGACAGUUAGGCAAUUCAAUUGAUUAUGUAAGGUUAUGUAAAACAUGUACCAGAGGCUUUGUUCACUGGAACUGAGGUGUCAGAAAGGGGAGAGAACUGGCUUCAGCUCACAGCUGGGUUCCUAGGGACGCUGUGGUACUAAGGCCAUUCCUAGAUGCUAAGAUGGGAGGAGUACAGUUAUCCAAAGGAGGUCACUCCACUGGCAAUAUAGGCAAAUGCCUCUCCCAGACACCGAAUGGAGCAGUCAUGUUUUUUAAGUGUGGAUCUUGGCCCAUGAGAUCAUAAGGAUGGACGAAAGUGAUAAAAAAGGUGUGUGAGAAAGGAUUCAGCGCUGAGCAAGCCCUGAUUCUGCAGCUGAUUUUAACAGAGGACCUUUUCUUGAGGAUGCUUCUCAAUUAUGCCUUCAGAAAUUUCAAGGAUGUUGUUUUUUUUUUUUUUUUUGGGAGUUCAGCCGUAUAUGAAUGAAUUUUAGAGAACAGUUGAGUGGGUGCAAGGCUAUCUCCCUUUGAAGAAUGUUUUCUGAGUCAAUAUAGACUAAUAGGAUGAGUAUUGAAGCAGUGUGAAAUUAGAUGAAAUAAGGGAAGAGCCUGGCUUAAUGAAUGCACUGACCAUAUGUGCUUCUUAGGGAAUACAAUUUUUAACCAAAAAAAGAGAAAAGAAGGAAACAUCUCGCGUGGAACCCAAGUCAUGAAAUGUGAAGCUGCAAAUCAUGGUAAUAUAUAAAAAAACACUGGCAGACUGGUGUCUGUACCAAAAGGAACUGUUCCUUUCCCAGUGGAGACCCAGAAGUUCACGCAACUUCUUUUCUUCUUUUUUUUUUUUUAACCUGUGACGUGUGCAGUUGUUUGCGCAUUAGGAUAAAAUCUAAUCCGAGGAUGUGUGAAUGUGAUGUGUAAGCAUGAAAAAAGGGAAGAGAAAAUGCCAACAGUUAAACAAUGAUGUCAGGACAUUUUGCAAGAAGCUUCAUUGAGUUGGCGUAAAAGAAGCGAGGUUUGUGAAAAACAAUAAUACAGACUUAUGAAACAAACCUCUUAUAUAUCUCUGCACCUUGCCAGGACGUUCUUAAAAACAGGAACUUUCUGUACUAAUGUGCAGAAGUUGGCCUGAUUUUUUUUUUUUUUUUAAAUAUGUAAGGUUUUUUUUUUCUUCUCUCUGGUGCCAAUUCUUGGCAGUGUGAAGCUUCGGAACUGACAUCAACAGAACUACAAAAUAAUGAAAAGAAACAAAAAAAAAAUCCAAAAAAUAAAAAAUACAAAAACUUCGAUAAACCUUUUCUGUUUUAGUGUUGUUGCAUCAUUUCUGACUUCAUCUACACACCUGAGCAGGUGGGGUGUGAACUGUGACAGAUAAUGACAAUGAUGAGGAAAACAUUUAUCUAUAAAGGUUAAAGGCAAAGGAAACACUAAAAUGAAAUAUGUUA